AAGAACUUCCGGCUGGAUACAAACGAUCCUACUUUGACAAUGCUGCCCGCACAACGUCUGCCACGGGACGAGGCCGACGGGUCUUUAUGGUGGCCAAGGGAACGGAGUGGCAAGAGAUUGUAUUGGACCAUUUGAUUGCGAAUCAUGUGGUGGUGGUUGGUCCCAACAGUGCAUCGUCACCCUCUCUGGUUCAAACCGCCCUGGAGCACAAUCAACUGUUGCUACAGCGCUUUGUGGAAAUGAAGCCAUCCUCCUCACCUCUAGAGUAUGAUGCUUCGGAAGUGGAUCUGUUGGCGUUGGGGGACCAAAUGCUCUUGUUGAAACAACAACAACAACAACAAGAAAAAGAAGAAGAGUCACCCUCGUUCGAGAUGGAACAAGAUAACCAUGAUGAUGAUGAUGACGAGUAUGAUGAAACCGCUAUGCAACAAGAGCCACCAAUGGACGAUAAUGGAAGCCCAAUUGCAGAGCCACAAGGAGCAUCCCAACUCAAGUUGCCUCCACAACAAACAACACACGAUGAAGAAUCUACAAAGACUCGUUCCAAAAGUGCAUCGACGAAUGCUCCUAGAGCCACUGUCGCUGCCUCUGCCAACGAGUCCACCACCACUACCGCCACCACCACUAAUGCCACAGCCACCAAAACGAAGCCAAAGGGAAGAAGCGGAAGACCUAGAAAGAAUAAGAAUCGUAAUGUGGAUCCACCAUCGGAUGACAUGGAAUUCAGAAGUGAAGAAGAAGAAGAAGGAACUGCUGCUGCGGCUGUCAACUCCUCCAAGAAGAAGCAAAAGACUGGAAGAAGGAGAAGAGGAAGAGGACGAUCUUCCUUUCAAAGUCAAUUGAAUCCGGAUACACCCUCCGAUCUUGUCAAAUUCAAGCACAUUGGUGGGGAAGCCAAGCGACAACAGACAAAAAGACGGGGCAAGGCGACUCCCAUUCGACCACCUCGCCGGGAGGGUAUUCAGGUGCGCGGAACCACGAGUGAACAAGAAUCGGAUGGUGGUGAUACCCAUUCGUUGGUGGAGGAUACUACUGCUGCUGCUACGACUACUACUAAUGAAAAGGAAAAGGAAAGUAAUAAUGGCAAUGGCAAUGGAACCACAACCAUUGUCCAAGAAGAAACCACCAAGGCAGAUGAAAGCGAUGCUAAUUCUUCGGAGAGUGGAACAACAGCAACCACCACCACCACCGUCGAAACCAAGAAUGGUAGAGCUCUGUCCAAGACUGACAUGGCAGAGGUGCAUGAGGAGGAGGAGAUUCCUAUCAACAGGGAGCAAACCAAUGCUAUGACUACCGCCACCGCCACCACUACGACUACGACCACAACGAACAAGAGCAAGAGCCACAAGACUACCAAAGGCAAAAAGUCGCCCAAAAAUUCAGUCAAGAAGUCCAACUACGAGGAUAUGGAGACACAUGUUUACAUUCCCACAUGGGCGACCGUUCGUCCAAUCUUGUUGGCUUGUGGAUACGAAUUCGGCAAGUUGUUGCCGAACU